GAGCAGCACGUCACCCCGACAGGUUUCACCUUGGACGAAAUCAAGCAGUUUGGAGACUUCCCGGACUAUGCGACGCUGAGCGGAGUGCCGUUGCCAGAUGCGUCUCCUGAAUUUGUGAUCGAGAGGGCGCUUGCUAGACCAUAUCGACCAUUUCGAUGGCCUUAUUACCAGACGAUGGCAUAUGCCAAAAUGGAACCCAACUGGUGGCUUGAGCUCGACCGCAACUACGCCGCAGCAAUCCAGCAACGCAUCUCGCUCUACGAAGAGCAUGGUGCAGCUGUCCUCGACGUCCUUUCCGGCUCUGAAGCAGCUGCGAAAGAGCUGAUGGAGAUGGCCAUUCAAUUCCUCUGCUCGCGCUAUCCUCAGUACUUUCACCUCGACCUAGCCAACCUUACUUUUCACAAUCGUAUCCUUUCAACGGCCACCAAUCUCCGCAGCACGCCGCCUAUGCUGGUACUCCUACACAACAUUCCCGAAGACUUCGCUCUAAUGAUCCGCGAUCCGUAUACAGGUCUCUACACCUUCCGCGCCGGCAUCAUUCUCAGCGCCCUAGGCUGGUCUCUUGGCACAAAACUCGGUCUUACCUUGUCCGAGAUCCAUAACCCAGUCCCAGACUACGAGGACAAGCUAAGAUUCUCCAUGGAUCGGUUCUUUGCGAAAUUGCCGACCGACAAACCGAUCCAACGAGGUUCUUGGGGCUUAGAAGUCGACAAACCGCUCUUCGUUCCACCGGGAGAUCCCCGCGAAGCAGAACGCAUCGUUCAAGAUCCUAAUCUCACCAUCGACCGCAUCCAUCUCCGAGUCGACUGGCAGACUCUCCGCCGCCUGCCGCUUUCCGGCGCCGUGGCGUUCAACUUCAAAGCUCUGUUCACGCCGUUGGAGGAAUUCAGGGACGAGCCUGGAGUGCCCGCGUUAGUGAGCAAGAUCUUGAGAGAUGGAAAGGAGAGCAUCAUGGAGUACAAGGCGGCGUGGCAUACGCAGCAUGUUGCCCUUCCAUCGCUGGAGGUUUGGGCGAAGGAGCAGAUUGAGAUGGGGAUCGUGGAGGAGGGAUGGGAGGCUGCUGCUACGUUGGACGAGGCUCCAUUCUUUGAAGGGUGGAGACAGAAGUGGUCUCGACAGCAGGGAUUUUGA